AUCAAUAACCAGCUCAACUUCAACCAAUAACCAACUAAACUUCAAUCCAAAUCAACACAAACAGUUUAAUAUCCUAAACUGGGAUUCAAACACCCUGCUAUAAUUUAAUUAAUUAAACUGAAAUUACAUAAAAUGACAAAUAUAGAUACAAAACAAAGGAACUGGAAGACAGAAUUAGAGAAAGAGAAGAGAAAAGGAGGAUUCGAAAUAACAUAGAAGAAGAACACAUACAACAGGGGAAGAAGAGAAGCAGAACCGAGAAGAGAUACAGGAAGGAAGAGAAAGAAGCAGAAGAAGCUUACCAGAGAGGACAUAAACGCAGGAAAACAGAGAAGAAAGAAGAACCGGAAGCACAGAGAAAAGGAAGAGGAGAGACGCGGGCAGCAGCCACAGUUUCAAUUCAUCAAAUCCCCCCUCGUCGUCUUCUAAACAAGCUAUAUGUAGAACAAAACAACCCAAAGGGCUUGGGCUAGCCCACUAUACAAGCCCAACUAGAAAAAUAAAAGCAAAUGUCCAAUCCAUGACAAUCUGCAAGAUAAGUUGCUUCUUGUUUUAUGUUGCACCAUUAUGACUUCUUCUCAGGUUACUUCGGGAUUUUUAAAACUUGAUCUAAGGUGUAAAAUCGUUCUUUGUUGUACUUUGAUUAAAUUCGUUAAUAUCCUUCUUCUGAACCUUUUAAUACAAUUCAAAAUACAUACUUCUGGCAUUUUGAUACUGUGGUCAGAAUGACAAACAAAUAGCACAUGCAAGCUCUUAAGGAGUAAGAUUAGCCACUGGCUGCUGAUGGUCAACUGGGACCCUGAGUUGUUACGUUUUUUCUUUAAAUGAUAUAUUGCUAUUAUGCUGUCUCUUUUCCCUUUACUUAAUUCACCUGCCCGUUUCUUAAUCUUUAUCAGGUUGGCGGUCUCUCUGCAAUGCUAGCAGCAUUCUACUUCUUAUCUCAAGGGUGGACCAUGGCCACGCAUUCACCAUUUUGUAUCCUCUCAGCUUUAACCUACUAUUGAUUGUAAACUUAUCUCAUGUACUUGAGAGAGAGAGUGUAGGAAUUCUAGUUUACCUUUUUUAUUUCAUUAGGCCGAUGGUGACCUUAAUGCAAAAUUACCAUUUAGUGUUGAUCCAGGUACAGAAGUUUACACAGAAGAAGGUUUGGGAAUUAGGAACAUGCUAUUUCCCGUAUUAGCUGGAGUCUUAUCUGCAUUAAGAAGGGUGAUCACACGACGUGUAUCACUCAAGAAUCAAAUUAAAAGGCGACUUCAUGCCAUUACUAUCGCUUCUGCAACUUGUUUUCUGUUUCCCAUGGCAAUGUGGGUCAUGAUCAUUGGAUCAACUGACAUAGAGUUGCCAUUUUCUGCUUGGGCCUUUUCCAGCACUAUCCUCUUUGGAAUCAUUUUGAUAUUUUAUGUUGAUAGCUUUGUGAUAGGCCCCCGAUUCAAUUCACGUAUGCUAGGAGGAAGGCCAGGUUAGCUGCAGGUCCACGUGAGGAGGGAGGGCAGUCUGUUGUAUAGUUCAAUUAGUUAGAAAGUUGUUAGGAGAGGGGUUAAUAAGAAGGGGGAGGGAGGGAACCUGAGGGGGCACGUUUUUACUCUGGAUUGUGGGAUCACUUAGGAGAGAUCAGGCCUCUCGAAUAGCCUGAAGCUUGUUAACUUCAUUUCCAUUGAAAUAAUAUACUUAAUUUCUGUGUUUUGGUUCUUUCAUCUUGUGAGGUUCUAUCAAAUUGGUAUCAGAGCGUCUCAAUUCUGGGAAGAUGACGUUAAACGACCGAAUGAGCACCUUAGAGGAGAGGUUUGAGGGUGUGCAGCAAGAACUGCAUGAAGGACUGGAAACCAUCAAAGGGGAGAUUCAAAAUGACAUAUCAGGGCUAAAGGAAAAGUUCGAGUUACUGCUGAGUAAGUGGGAAGGGCAGGCGCAUGACGGAAAAGGAAAAGGGGUGGCCGGCAGUUCUAGUAUGGCCGCACCAACUGUAGAAUCACCAUCAAAUUAUGAGGAACCAGAUCAGCCCAAUAAGGACCUGGAGGAUAAAGGGCGAAUGGAUGGUCGUAGCAGGAGGUUAGAAAUGCCAGUCUUCCACGGUGAAAAUCCAGACGGGUGGCUCUUCAAGGCGGAAAGGUAUUUUAGCAUAAACCAUUUCUCGAAUUGGGAGAAAAUCGAAGCGGCGGCCGUGUGUUUUGAAGGGGAGGCGUUGGCAUGGUACCAAUGGGAAGACGGCCGACAAACUUUCCAGAGGUGGGAAGAUCUGAAGGCUGCCCUGCUGUUGCGUUUUCGGCCUUCACAAGAGGGUACGAACCUGGAAAAAUUUCUGGCACUUAGACAAGAAGGGACAGUGAGAGAUUACGGGCGGAUGUUUGAGGUCCUAGCAGCUCCGUUAACCACCGUGCCUGAAGACAUUCUGGAAGGUAACUUCAUUAACGGGUUGAAGCCUUUAAUUCGGGCAGAGGUAAGGCUACUAAAACCUCGUGGGCUGGAUCUUAUUAUGGAGCUGGCCCAGCGCGUAGAGGAUCGCAAUGAACUGGUGAGACAGGCCCAAGGAUCCUACGGCCCGGGUAAAAUGAGGAACACCUCUUACAGCCCAAGUCCGGAUUAUGGCCCGUCUAAGCCCCCUAAUCUAACCCAUUCUGGAAGCCUCUCCCAAAAUCACGUAGCUCAGCUCAACGCGAGACCGAUUCCCUCCAGUCCCCGAAAUCUGAUGGUGGGGAAAGCAGCGUCGUCCUUCAAGAAGCUCUCGGACGUCGAGCUACAGCUAAAGAGAGAACGGGGCUUGUGUUACCGCUGUGAUGAGAAGUUCCAACCGGGGCACAAGUGCCGAAACAAGGAAUUGCACGUCCUUGUCGUACAAGGAGAAGAAGAAGGGGAAGAGCUGGGGAAUGUUCAGGUGGACGAAGGCGAAACAGAGGUAGGAGAAGUGGUGGAACUAUCUAUUAAUUCAGUAGUGGGGUUGAAUGCUCCUAAAUCCAUGAAGUUGAAGGGGACAAUUUGUGGGCACUCAGUGAUUGUUCUCAUUGAUUGUGGAGCUACUCAUAACUUUAUAUCUGUUGAUUUGGCGGCACAAUUGCAGAUUCCGACGGUCCCCACCCAUGGGUAUGGGAUUAUUAUGGGCACCGGUUCAGCCGUUAGAGGAUGUGGGGUUUGUAAGGGUGUGGUAAUUUCCUUGCCAAGCAUUGAAGUUGUUGAUGAUUUCCUGCCUCUGAAGUUGGGAUGCACUGAUGUAAUUUUGGGUAUGAAAUGGCUGGAAACCGUGGGAAAAAUGCAAGUAGACUGGGGUAAUUUGACAAUGAAGAUCAAAGUGGGUGGGCAAGUUGUCACCCUACAGGGGGAUGUUAGCUUACAGAAAGCACAAGGUUCAGUCAAGGCCAUGGUUAAGGCUUUUAAGGAGGGUGAUCAGGGAGUCUUAAUUGAGCUGGGGAGUUUGGGGGUGGAAGGAGAAGAAUCAGAUGGGGAAAGUCCCAGCAGUUUUACCGAAUUACUACAGCAAUAUCGAGUGGUCUUUGAGUGGCCGAACACACUUCCCCCGUCACGGUCCAGAGAUCACAGUAUUGUUCUACAAGCAGAAUCUGCCCCCGUGAAUGUUAGGCCCUAUCGUUACCCACAUUUUCAAAAAAAUGAGAUCGAAAGGUUGGUGAAGGAGAUGCUUGCAGCUGGGAUAAUUCAACCGAGUAGCAGCCCAUUUUCCAGUCCUGUUCUGUUAGUAAAGAAAAAAGAUGGCAGUUGGCGAUUUUGCGUAGAUUAUCGGGCGUUGAAUAAGGUUACAGUUCCAGACAGAUUCCCAAUCCCGGUUAUAGAUGAGUUACUGGAUGAGCUUCAUGGGGCAGUUAUAUUUUCGAAGUUAGAUCUGAAAUCAGGUUACCACCAGAUCAGAAUGAAGCCGGACGACAUCCCGAAAACAGCCUUUCGAACACAUGAGGGUCACUACGAAUUAACUGAUCAACGCAGCUUGAAGUUUCUUUUGGAGCAGCGCGUAGUUAGUGAAGAGUACCAGAAAUGGCUGACGAAAUUGAUGAGUUUCAAUUUUGAAAUUCAAUACCGUCUUGAGGUUGAGAAUAGGGCAGCGGAUGCACUCUCAAGAAGGGAUCCAGGGUUGCAACUUUUAUCUGUUUCCACCCCCAAGUUGCUGCCAUUAGAGGACAUUAAAAAGGCAGUGUCGGAGGACAACGAACUGAAGGAGAUACUGAAAGAAAUUCAGGCAGAACAUGGGUCCAAACCAAGGUAUUCUCUGAUUGGUGGAAUGUUGUGCUACAAGGGCAGGAUUGUGUUACCCAAGCUAUCUCCGCUAACUGAAGUUAUGUUGCUUGAGUGUCACAACACGAGAAUAGGAGGGCAUUUGGGGUUCCUUAAAACUUACAAAAGGAUUGCACGGGAAGUUUAUUGGACGGGUAUGAAGAAAGAUGUUCAGGACUUUGUAGCACGUUGCCCAGUAUGUCAGCAGAAUAAAUACAUUGCUUUAUCCCCUGGCGGUCUUCUCCAACCACUCCCAAUACCAGAACUGAUAUGGGCAGAUGUCUCCAUGGACUUCAUUGAAGGGUUGCCGAAGGCAGGGGGGUAUGGUACUAUAAUGGUCGUGGUGGACAGGUUAAGCAAGUAUGGACAUUUUAUUGGGAUAAAGCAUCCGUUUACUGCCCCUAUUAUUGCUAAUGUUUUUAUCCGCGAGAUUGUCCGUUUGCACGGGGUCCCUCAGUCAAUUGUGUCGGAUCGAGAUAAAAUCUUUAUGAGUAAAUUUUGGGAAGAGCUGUUUAAAGCGCAAGGGACCGUCCUUAAGAGAAGUACAGCUUACCAUCCACAAACGGAUGGCCAAACUGAAGUGGUCAAUCGAUGCUUAGAGACUUAUUUGCGUUGCUUUGCUUCUAGCAAACCACAUUCCUGGAAUCAGUGGCUACCUUGGGCAGAGUUUUGGUAUAACACCUCUUUUCACACAGCUACUAAACAUACCCCCUUUCAGAUUGUAUAUGGCCGGGAUCCGCCUCCAAUUCUUCCUUUUGAAAAGGGUAGUACGGCGGUCUCCACUGUUGAACAACAAUUAUUGGCGAGAGAUGAAGUGCUACAGGUUCUGAAGUUGCAUCUGGCUCGUGCACAACAGCGUAUGAAAUUGGAGGCUGAUGGGCAUCGUCGCGACCUUCAGUUUGAGGUGGGAGAACUGGUGUACCUGAAACUGCGUCCAUACCGUCAAAAAUCUGUGGCUCACCGACUGUCAGCUAAACUGUCUCCAAGAUACUUCGGGCCAUUUGAAAUCGAGGCUAAGGUAGGACAGGUUGCUUACAAGCUGAAACUUCCCCCUGAGGCUGUCAUUCACCCAGUUUUCCAUGUAUCACAACUUAGAAAGGCGGCAGGGGCCUUACAGCCGGUCCAUCAACUUCCCCCACUGAUGGCUACAGGGAAUCAGUUUAUCGUGGAGCCAGAAUCAGUGCUACAGAUCAGGCCAAAUACCUCCAAUCCUGCUUUGGGUCCUGAAGUGCUAAUCAAGUGGAAGGGUUCACCAGAGUUUGAGGCCACUUGGGAACUUUUUGACAGCAUCCGCCACCAGUUCCCAGCUUUCCACCUUGAGGACAAGGUGGAUUUUAAGGGCGGGGGUAUUGAUAGGCCCCCGAUUCAAUUCACGUAUGCUAGGAGGAAGGCCAGGUUAGCUGCAGGUCCACGUGAGGAGGGAGGGCAGUCUGUUGUAUAG